GGAGGCGAAUUCCGAGGAUCCUGAGGAAGCAACAGCUCGGCACGGAAAAUAUGGGGACAUGUCGCUGAAAGAAUGCCUUCGAUACUGUGCUUUGGUGAAAGGGAUCCCUCAUGAAACCAUGAAUUUAAUUCUGGACGUUCUCCGAGAAAAAACUCCUUAUAAUUUACCAAAGGACGCUCGGACACUAUUAAAAACGAGCCGAACAGCUGCAUCAAACAUCAUCAACGUUGAAGGAGGGUUGUAUUGGUACAAAGGCGUAAAACAGUGCCUUUUAAAUCGUUUCCGCAAUACGACUUUACCUGCAGAGUUGUCGCUCAACGUAUCAAUCGAUGGGUUGCCGCUGCAUAAUAGUAGCCCAGCCACAUUUUGA